AUGAAGAAGAUGGCUGAAUCUCAUCUUGAUGGCAUUAUUAACAAUACUGGCAUGACCAUGCCAGCCUACUUCAACAAUUUCCAGUGUCAAGUUAUCAAAAAUGCCAGUCUUAUUACUGAUUUUAAUAUUUUCUAUGUUCUGAACAAGCUCAAUGUCAUCAUAAUUGUGCAUGACUUUAAAUUGAAUAUUGAGAUGUUGUAA